CACCCCUUGGAUGAUCACCUGAGAUUUCAUAAUCCUAUUCUCUUUCAUUGUAUGUCAAUGAUGUGCCAUCAGUUUUCGCCUGCUGCAAAUACUACAUGUAUGCUGAUGACCUCCAGUUGCAUUAAAUUAUAAAACCAAUAAACCUGAAGAAUUUCAGUAAUGACCUUUGGCCAUUAUCAAAAUGGGCACAGAAUGUAGGAUUAAAGCUCAGCCCAUCCAAAACUCAAGCUGUACUCGUUAGUCAUCCCAGUCUCAUUAGCCCAAAUAUCAGGAAUUAUUACUAUCUUUAAUCCUUUAUUGGACAGAUAUCAACUUCUCUCCCUAAGAAAGGAGUCCAGGAGUAAUAAAAGAUGAAAAUUUAAAUUGGACUGAGCACACAACUGCAAUGUGCAAGAAGGUAUCAGCAUAUCUCCAUGCCGUACAAAAAUACAAAAAAAACUCUACCCUUUUGAGCUGAAUAAGGAGCUUGUACAAAUGAUUAUACUUCCUAUUAUUGAUUACAGUGAUGUUACCAUGCAAGUCUCUUUCAGGAAAGCUCAUGGUACCUGGUACUAGUUAUGAAUGCUUGUGUUUGUUUUAUCUGUUGUGUUCAACUCUUUGAUCAUAUGCAUGAUUAUCCUAGCUGAGUGCAGACAAGUGUCUUUUCAGUGUAACUUUCCCUUAUACAGGGUGGUCCAUUGAUCGUGACCGGGCGAAAUAUCUCACGAAAUAAGUGUCAAACAAAAAAUCUACAAAGAACAAAACUUAUCCAGCUUGAAGGGGGAAACCAGAUGGUGCUAUGGUUGGCCCUCUAGGUGGCACUGCCAUAGGUCAAAUGGAUAUCAACUGCGUUUUUUAAAAUAGGAACCCCCAUUUUUGAUUACAUAUUCGUGUAGUACAUAAAGAAAUAUGAAUGUUUUAGUUGGACCAGUUUUUUCGCUUUGUGAUAGAUGGCGCUGUAAUAGUCACAAACAUAAGGCUCACAAUUUUAGACAAACAGUUGAUAACAGGUGUGUUUUUUAAGUUAAAAUACAGAACGUAGGUACAUUUGAACAUUUUAUUUCGGUUGUUCCAAUGUGAGCCUGGGCUCUUCAAGACCCAAAAAAGCAAGAGCGAGACAGGUGAAGAGCAAAGUGAAGAGCAUGGUCAUUAUUUUCUUUGAUACCAAAGGAAUUGUGCACAAAGAAUUCUUCCCACCCAACCAAACAGUGAAUUCUGCAUACUACUGUGACAUUUUGCGAUGGCUCCGUGAAAACGUGCGGCGACGAUGGCCCGAACUUUGGCAUCUAGGGAACUGGUUGCUGCAUCACGACAAUGCGCCCUGUCACACGUCCUUGCUCACUAGAACCUUUUUGGCAAAAAACAACAUGGCGGUUGUACCCCACCCACCAUACUCACCAGAUUUGGCGCCUCAUGACUUCGCACUAUUCCCAAAACUGAAACUCAAGUUGAAAGGCCAUCGGUUUGACACUCUAGAGAGGAUUCAAGAAGCAUCGCUGGCAGUGAUAAACACCCUCGAAGAACAGGACUUCUAGAAAACAUUUUACCUGUGGCAGAAGUGCUGGGACCGGUGUGUACGUGCGGAUGGGAACUACUUCGAGGAUGAUGAUGACCAUUAGUCCAAAGGUAUUGAUUCGAGGUUUCUGGCAAAUGACAGUACACUGAGACGCUUGUACUUUUAUAUGUGAUACAGUGCCUUAACUCUUGUAUUGAUCAAGAUAUUGAAGUUUUGAAUUCAGGGCAUGCAAAAAUGGAGCAUGCUCUGACAUCCAACAUUACUUGGUAUGAGGCAUUAAUAUCUGUGAUGAAACUUCAUGACGAUAUUACUGCAGUUCUUGAAGCAUUUUCAGUGGAACUUGAAACAGGCACUAAAAAACUGUCCAUUGAUAUUGUUGUUAAACAUGGUUAUGAGUGGAUAAAAGUCAUAGCAAAGAAUGCAAGAAAUGUCAUAAGUUCCUUGGAGGGUGAUUGCAGUUAUGGGAAACGAACCUACAUUGAUCAAGCAAAAGAUAUACUUCUGUGUGCAGAGAAACAUGCCCUUUAUUUCAAAACACCUAAGGUUGUUUUUGUGUUUACACGUGGUGUGGAUGAAGAAACUGUGAAGUGCCUUACUGACCUUGGUGUUACAGUUAGGAGUAUAGGAAAUGAAUCUGACUGGUCUGAAAAAAAUAAAGAUGAAUCUAAAGGAACUCUAGAAAAUCAGAAUCAGCAUAACACAACAGUUUUCAGCUGCAGUUCAUUAAAGGAAAACAAAAAUGGUUUGCUAGCACAUGUCAGUGAUAUUCAGUGCCUGAAUCUUGAUGUAACAACUUUACUUGCUUAUGUGUCUGAUUUAACCAAUGGAGGAUGUUACUUUGAUUUUGAUGAUCCUUGUAUUAAUUAUCAAGCUGAGCAGGAAAGGAAAGAACCAUUGAAACCUCUUCUGGACAAACUGUUUGUUGGGAAACAGUUGAUAUGCUGUCAAAGUGCAUAUGAAAGCUUCUCAUCCAUCAUUGAUACAGUUGGUGGUGAAAGUGAGAAGAAAUCUGCAUCACAGUUCAUGGAGAAGGUUUUGGUUGUUAAUGAUAUACUUUCACAAGAAUUUGAAAAUAUUAAAUUAGGUGGAAAAAUUAAGAAACGAUCACUUAUAGUUUUUGCAACCGGGCAUGCUAUGAGAUCAGUAACAGUAACAGCAAAUGAAGGAUUUUGUAGAGCAUCACUCAAUAAGGGUAUUAGAUUUGCUGUGUUUCUGCAUCAACCCAGGGCACUAACUGAAAAUAUGAAGAAAAAAAUUAUAUCACGCAGCAAGACCUAAUUUUCUUCCGUACAAAGGAAAGCAAGAUAAUUGGUACGUGAAGAGACCUCACUGAAUAUGUCAGUCUAUUUUUGACAGUUGUUAGAGUUUUUUGGUAUUUUCAUAUUUAAUAAUAUUGACUUAGAGCUAUAACUAUAUACGAUUGGCGUAUAUUUCCGCCUGUGAUAUGCAUUUACACUGCAUUAACAUUUUUUUAUGUUUUGAGGAAAUUUUCUUGUACCUGUUGUUUAUUGAUUGUCAAAAACACCCACUUCUGAAAGUGGGUUGUAUUUUCUGUUAGUCUGCUAUGUAAUAAAAGAGGAAGUUUAUAAUCUCAA